AUGCCAAUUAUGCAGGUGUACCUAUAUGGGAUCACGUCUUCCGACAAGCUAAUACGUCGAAUCAACACCCAUCAACUACACAGCUGCUUGGAAAUACUAUCUGCACUUCGGAAGACCUUUUGGCAUGCCGGCUGGGUUUAUCACAUCUUCGUUACAGCACAACGGAAGAUCUGGAACAAGCUUGCCCACACGUCCGCCGACGACAACCAGUGCGCCAGGGCAGUUAUUCCUACUCGUCUAUCGACCCCGCUACGCGCAGUUACUGCAGCCUUGCCUCCUGAAGCCUCGGUGCCUGAAUUCGAAGCAUUGGGACUCCUUGACCUCGAAGGAAGCACUACUAGCCCGGAAUUUUCAGCCAAUUUCUUUUUCCCUUCAGAUGAGAGUCUAUUUGAGUUAAAUCUGGACUCUCAUAACAGUAAUGCCACGUGGUAA